AUGCUACAAUUAACUUUUAAUGGGCUUUGUAAAAUUUCUUUAAUUGUAUUCUGGGAACUAAUUAAAUCAGUGGGUAAAUUUAAUUCUGGAAGGAGGUGGGAAUGGUCAAUGUGGGGUUCAAUUUUAGGUAGAUUAUUUUCCAAAAUAAGGCGGGAAUUACGUAAAAUUCGGCGGUAACGUUUAAGCUCAUACAUUUUCUUAAUAUAGGAAGUUUCCCUCAAAAAGGAUUCAUAAAUAACGCUAUCAUGACCUCUCUCGGUUUCUGUCAUUGACAUUCUUAAAUUCAUCCAAGAAUCGUGACAACUUUUAUAAUCAGUAAGGAUAUUGGUAAUGGUUUGGUAGGUAAUAUUAAGUUGAUUAAGUAAUGCUUGGACAGAAUUAUAAUAUUGUUUAUCAGAACUUGGUGGAGUUUUAAUAGGGAGGGAAAAUUCUUUAUUGGCACCGAUAAUCUUCUCAGCUUCGUCACAGAGUUGGGAGAUUCGGUCUCUAAAUCCG